AUGGCAGGUAUUGGCAAGACAACCCUUGCUAGUGCUGUAUUUCAAAGAUUGUCAUAUUUUCAAUUUGAAAGUUGUUGCUUUCUUUGGAAUGUUAGGGAAGAAUAUUUAAGACAUGGGCGAAAUUAUAUGAGAAAGAAACUUCUAUCUGACUUAUUAAGGGAUGAAUCUAUUUUGAGUAUGGAUACCCCAUUUGUAGGAUCAUCUUUUAUUCAUGGCAAACUCUGCCGCUUAAAAGUGCUCAUUGUUCUAGAUGAUGUGGAUAGUUCAAAGCAGUUAGAUGAUAUAGUUGGACCAUAUGACCGCUUCGCAUCUGGGAGUAAAAUCGACCACUUUGCACCUGGGAGUAUAAUCAUUGUCACAACUAAAAACAAGCAAGUGCUAAUUGAAAAAGAAGCUAAUGAUAUUUACAAGCUUGCAGGGUUAAAUCAUAAAGAAUCUUUAGAGCUGUUCAAUUUGCAUGCUUUUGGAAAAAGUUCUCCUUCAAAAGAUUAUGAAAUGCUGGUAAACCAUGCGACACGCUACGCUGAUGGACAUCCAUUGGCUCUUAAAGUGUUGGGUUCUUUCCUUCACUCCAAAAGCACAGAUGAAUGGGAAAGUGCAUUAAAUAAAUUGAAAAUCAUUCCCAACAAGGACAUCCUAGAUGUGCUUAGAAUCAGUUAUGAGGGAUUAGAUAAAGGGGAGCAAAAUCUAUUUCUUGACAUUGCAUGUCUAAUUAAUCAGUCUUUUACUAGAGAAGAUGCAGAAAAGAUGUUAGAUGCAGGUGACUCCUUUGUGAAAAUUGGACUAACUGUUCUUAUUGAAAAAUCUUUAAUUGAAAGUUGUGAAAACAACGAGCUCUGGAUGCAUGAUUUACUACGGCAAGUGGGUCAGACAAUUGUUCAUGACGAACACAGAGAACCUGGUAAACGUAGUCGAGUGUGGGAUGUUAAUGAUGUUUGCCAUGUCUUGGAAAGAAAUACUGGUACCGCAGGUGUUGAAGGCAUCUCAUUCAACAUGUCUAAAAUUAGUAUAGAUAUAAAAGUGUGCCGUGCAGCCUUCUCAGAGAUAUAUAAUCUACGAAUUCUCAAAAUUUAUUGUGAAAAGAAGUUCAAACUGUACCUUCCCCAAGGUCUUGGUUCUCGUCUUUCUGACAAUAUUCAUAACAAGAAGUUCAAACUUUACCUUCCUCAAGGUUUUGGCUCUUAUCUUUCUGAUAAGCUAUCAUAUCUUCAGUGGGAUUUAUACCCUUUAAAAUCUUUGCCAUCAAAGUUUUCUCCUGAAAAUCUAGUUGAACUGAUACUGCAUGGCAGCCAUGUACAAAAACUUUGGAAUCAUCAUGAAGUUAAGUCUCUUCCAAUGUUAAGGAGGAUCGAUCUUAGUUAUUCCCAGUUGCUUACUGAACUACCAGAUCCACAUUCUCCAAAUCUGGAAAGUUUAAAUCUUGAAGGCUGUAAAAGCUUGGUUCAUGUGCUUUCAUCUCGUCCAAAUCUUGAGAAGCUUACUUAUCUAAAUUUGAAUGGUUGCUCCAAACUCAGAGAUCUUGAUGAUAUAUCAAAAAGUACACAGGGAUACUUGGAUGUUGCAAGGUUAGGAGGCAUAAAGAAUCUUUGGAAGAAUUUCACAUAUCUCAAAAGUUGCAUCCAAAGUUUUACAGGCAAUUUAUGUCUCUACUCAUCUCAGGGUCACAUUUCCCAAAAGUUUGCACCCGAUUUAAGAUGUUUACUUUUAUGUCACACAGCUAUAGAGACAGUGCCACCAUCAAUUGGGGAUCUCUCGGGUCUUGUGCAACUAAAAUUGUCUUUUUGCAGAAAAUUUAAAAGUCUUCCGUCAAGCAUUUGUCAUUUGAAAUCUCUUGAAUCAUUAAAUCUAUGUGGUUGUGAGAAACUGAAAACGUUUCCAGAAAUCUUGGAGCCCAUGAAACGCUUAAGAUUUCUUCAGUUAUCUUACUCAGGGAUUAAAGAGUUACCAGAGUCCAUUGUAAAUCUAGUAUCCCUAAUAAAUUUAGAUACAAGUGGUUGCAAGGAUCUUGAGUUUCUCCCCAACGGUCUAUGUAAUUUAAGGAACCUUAAGGCGAUAAAGCUUGGCUUCUGUUCAAAACUUCAAAAAUUGCCUUCCCUUCCACCAUCUUUGCAUGUUUUGAAUACACACAACACCAUGAUAGCUGAUCGUGUAGUAAUUCAAAUUCUGGCUAGUAUAAAAUUUGGAAGUGACACGCUUUAUCAUAACUUUUGCUAUCCGGGAGAUGAAAUUCCAAAGUGGUUCAACCAUCAGACUUGUGGGACUUCAAUCAAUAAUAUUAUGCUUCCUCCAUAUUGGAAUAAUGACGACUUCUUGGCUUUGGCUUUCUGCAUUGUUUUUCAUUGGAAUAAAAUUGACAAAAAUAGAAUGUUAAUUACUAGUUGUACACUGAAGUUCAAAACCAUCGACGAUGGUAGUCUUUACAAAUAUCAUAAUUGUACUUUGUCCUCCAUGUUUAACCAGUUUAGUUCAAAUCACGUGCUCAUAUGGUAUGUAAAAAGACAAUCUUCGGAAUCUGGCCAAGAAAUGGAUGGACUAGAUUGGCCCACUACUUGUAGUACUGAGGCUUCUUUCCAUGUCUGUCUUGCUUAUUAUGAGCAGAUUGGACGUUUCGUUUCGAAGCUGAGCAACUUAGGAAGUAAGUAUGGCGAGAUUAAGAAGUUUGGGGUUUGGUUUGUAUACAAACAAGACAUGGAGAGAUGUGAUGCAGAAACUGAAAGAAAGAAUAAGAGAAGCUUCAAUGAAUGUUGUGAAUCAAGUGGAAGUGAAGCUGUUGGCUCGCUUGAGGAAGAAGACGAUGAUGAAUCACAUUCUAAGAAACCCAAGCGUAUUUGA